CCGCCCACCUGCUGGUGACAGUAGAUCAUGCGGCCUCCACUGUUUUGGUUCGCAGCUCGGACAGACGCGGCAGAGAUGGCGGAGGAGUGGACGUCCGGGUGACUCUUUAUGUAAUCGUGCUCCUGCAGAUUACAUAAAUAAAGGCAGCGGGUAUAUCGGGCAAGCUGGCGUCUUUGUACAGAACUUUCCCUGUCCGGGAGGACAUGGAGGUUACGGCGGAGGGAGAAGCGGAGGAGCGCAGGAGGGAGCACUGGAAGCUGUUGUCUAGUCUGAAGACUACAGUGGAAGGUCUUGUGUCCACUAACAACCCCAAUGUGUGGUCACGCUACGGCGGCCUGCAGCGGCUGCACAAGGACAUGAACAACAUCCUCAGUCACGGACUGAAGAAUGAGCAGGUGUACUACAAGCAGAAAGACUACUGGCCGUUUGUGUGGCAUGUUCGCCACAUCAGCCCUCACCUUGCAUCACACGUUGAACAGUUCAGUCAGCUGGAGCCUGUACUGACCCGUGGGCUGCAGAGUGCUGGUGAGAGCUACAAGGCUGAGCGCUGGCUUCUUCACAGCUUGCAGGUUCACAUGCUGUCAGCUCAACUCCGACCUCUGCUCAGGCAUAUGGGGCAUGUAUGUAAAUAUUACAAAGAUGAUGCCUUUCUGUUGAGUGAGCCCCAUGUGACAGCCAUGUGUCAGUGUUUGGAGGCUGUGGAGCAGAAUAACCCUAAACUGCUGGCACAAGUUGACACGGUUGGGCUUUCCCCUCUGAAGGGCCCACCGUGUUUGGGCCUUUUGAAAAGCCAAAGCCUGUGUGUGUUGCCGGGGGCCGGUGGGGCCUGGACGAAAGCUGACUCAGGCCCUCGAGAAGAAUCUCUGACCCGCAGACUCACCACUUCCAAUUACUCCCUGCGCGAUGCAGACAACACCAGCCACAAGAUUGGGAACACUGGAGCGGUUGGAUCCCAGAACAGCAGCAGCACAAACACUACCUCUUCUGCUAGCAGCCUUGGAGAACCAUGGCUAUGGGUGGCCAGGCCGGAGGAGAGCGAGUUGGUUGUGACGCCCCCACCUGGCUCUGUCCCCUGUAUUGCCCUCGAGUGUCCCACUCCUGCCUCCCAGCAGCCUGAGGCUGUUGAUACCGUUGAUGGCGACUAUGAUGAUGGCCCAGAGUACCUGGCUAUCGGUAAUCUGGGACAACGCAGUCACCGUAAUUCCCAAAGUUCCACUCAGAGCGGUGACCAGAGCAAGACCCAGGACCAGUCCCUGCAGAGGAGUUCGCUCCUUUCUGCUCCUCCAAGACGCUCGUCUUUUUCAGAGGUCCAGCGAGGGAUGAGCAGGCUGCCCCGAGGACACACCCGCUCGUUUUCUGACACUGGAGUCACUCAGAAACUCAGGAAUGGAGGGGGCCACCGAAAAAUCACCAUAAUAAUAGAGGAUCCUGUAGCAGAAUCAACUGGUGGCGAUUGCUGUGUAAAGGACUACAGCCCUUUCUCACCUAAGCUCAGCGAAGCCAGCACAACCAGCUCCCUCUGCACAGACUCUUGUUCCCAGUACAGCACAGUGCCAGAUGGGAUGUUCAGAAAGCCGUCUGAGGGCCAGAGCCUCAUCAGCUACCUGUCAGAGCAGGACUUUGGCAGUUGUGCUGAUCUUGAAAAGGAAAAUGCUCAUUUCAGCAUUUCAGAGUCCCUUAUAGCAGCCAUUGAGCUUAUGAAGUACAAUAUGCGGCGCCAGGAGGAGGAAGGCGAGGAGGAGGGAGACAGUGACUGUGAGAUUCAGCAGCUCAAGCAGAAGAUCCGCCUGAGAAGGCAGCAGAUCCGCCGCAGCCGCCUGCCGCCCUGCGCAUCCUCCCAGCACAUUUUUCACUCCACUGACAGUGGUGGAUCCAGGAGGAGCUCCCAGGACUCCUACCAGGGCCUCUCUGACUCCGGCUCAGCGGAGGAGGUGGAGGAGUGUGAUGUCGAUGGCUGUGAGGGUCUGUCCUUGCUGGCGGUAUCUCAGAAUGGCCUCUCCCUGUCACUCGCCUCACUCUUCUCAGAUGCAGACAUAAAGCAAAGUGUGCGCUCUAGCAGCAGGUCAUUCCUCAGCUCCGAGUCCAUCUCUCCGUCCUUCCUCCAGUCUAACUCUGCUGAGUCAGUAGCCAUGGGUUUACUCAGGCAGUUUGAUUGCAUGCACCUUCCUGCAGCCUCCGAGCUCGACUGGCUGGUCCCAGAACAAGACGCUCCGCAGAAGCUCCUGCCCUUUCCUGACUCUCUCCCAAUCUCACCGGAUGAUGGAGAGCAUGCAGACAUCUAUAAACUAAGGAUUCGUGUCCGAGGCAACCUGGAGUGGGCCCCGCCCCGUCCUCAGAUCAUCUUCAACAUUCACCCUGCCCCUAAGCGGAAGGUCGUUGUGGCUAAACAGAACUACCGCUGUGCUGGCUGUGGCACUCGCAUUGACCCAGACUACAUUAAGCGUCUGCGUUACUGUGAAUACAUCGGCCGUUACUUCUGCCAGUGCUGCCAUGAGAAUGCCCAGGCCGUGGUUCCCGGCAGAGUGCUGAGGAAGUGGGACUUCAGUAAGUACUAUGUAAGCAACUUUGCUCGGGACCUGCUGAACAAGAUUGCCGGAGACCCGCUGUUCAACCCCAGUGACAUCAACAGUGGCCUGUACAAGAAGAUCAAGGCUCUGGAGUCUGUCAGGAUUUUAAGGUUGCAGCUGUUUCACAUGAAAAAUCUCUUCAAGACCUGUCGCUUUUCUAAAGAGGUCCUGGACCAGUUCGACAGCCUGCCAGGUCACCUGACUGAAGACCUUCACCUCUUCUCCCUCAAUGACCUGACUGCCGUGCGCAGUGGGGACCUGGCUGCACGAAUGAAAGAGCUGCUUAAACUUGGCGCGAUGCAUGUGGCCGAGUGUGUGCUCUGCCAGGCAAAGGGCUUCGUGUGCGAGUUCUGCGGCAACGACAAAGACAUCAUCUUCCCCUUCCAGCUCAACAAGUGCCAGCGCUGCGAAGAGUGCUUCGCGUGUUACCAUCGAAGCUGCUUCCGCGCCGGCAAAGACUGUCCUCGCUGUCGGCGGCUGGCGGAGCGGAGAGAGAGGAUGGCGCGCAAAAACAUGGAGGAACAGGAGGACGAGGGCGGUGGGACAUAGCUCCGGUGACGAAGGACAACAAAAGCACAAGGCGACCAUGAUUGUAGUGACCGACCACCUCUCUCCCGGUCUCCAGUCCUCAGACCUGGGUGAUGAUACUCUCAGCAGGUCCAGAUGUGCAGGUUUUACUGCACCACUCAAAUGUCAGCGGGAGCACAGCAAACGCUGACCUUGAUUUUGCAUGGGAUACUUGACCAGACUUGUGUAUUAACAGGGAUGACCGAUGCCACGUUUGUUGCAGUGAUGGGUGGGGAAAGCCUGAAGUGCAUUUUUUUUUUUCCACAGCCAAGAUGCUUACCAUUUAAAAAGAUCUGAAAAAUAAGUAUCUGCUCAGCUUUGCACUGUUGCACCAAGAUUUGUCAGCUCCUACUUUUGCACCUCCUACUCACUGCAACUUCAUUUUUUUAAUAGCUGCUGGCUUUGCAGAAGUUGUUGUGACCCAAAAAUGGAAGGACUUUUUUUUUUUUUUUUUUUUUUUUUUUUAAAUCAAAUGCCAAGUAAAGAUUUAGCUCAUGAGUUGAGUGACUUUCAUGCACGUAUUGACUUUAUUUUAAUUUGGAGACACUGAAGAUACGCAAUACUGACAUUUUUAAGCUAUUUUAGACACAACUAUGUGCCUCUGCACCGGUAAACCUAUACUGGCUGAGCUAGUGGAGCAUUAGAAAUACGAAUGGACUGGACUGUAAAAAAGUCCAUCUUGCAAAUAUUUGAAAUGCGACUGCGAAUGCUAUUGUUUGUGCUGCUCUGUGUGCGUGUUGUGACUAGAGUGAAUGCUUGUGUGUGUGCAAACAUAGGUGCACACCUGUCUUCUUGAUGUACGUGCAGCCAUGCACAAGAGUUUUGCACCAGCCCAACCAGCACUUGUUGUUUUCUUGCAUCCAGUUAAUUGCACUGACUCAGUCGGGUUUUGUUGGAGACUCGCUGAGAUGCCACCGUUCAUUAGUUGGUGGAGUUUAUGGGUUGUUUGUUGUUAGUGAAUCUCACCAAGCUAAUACUUUUAAUAUGAUUGUUAAAAUACAUUAAUCAUCUAUUGGACCAAAACCUCAAACCUCUGCUCCUCCAGCAGAUGUCACUAGUAGAAAUGUUUGGGUUUUUUUUGUUUGUUUUUUUGGAUUGUAAUAACUUGGGUGAAGUUUGUCUCUAGCUACUUGAGAAAGGUAUUAUUUUUUUUAAUUUCAAAAUAUUUUUAUUGAUCUUGUUCUGUCUAAAACAGCAUCUUCUUGCGUUUGCUCCCACCAACUUAUAGAUUUACUUUAACUUUACUAGAAUUUCAAGCAGCUUAACCAAACUGUAUUGUUUCCUUCUCAGAUUAUUUAAAUUGAAGGAUUUAGAGACCAAAUGAAGUAGGAUACACAGUGUUUCUGAUGGCUAAAUCCUAAAUUCAUUCUAGCGCAGUACAACCACUGUCUUGUGUUUUGAGUGUAGCUCAUGUACAACUUUUGCUUUGUUGUGGCUUAUUUUGCUUUUACAGCAUAUUUAUCUUGAAUCUUCUCAAUCAAGACUAUAGGACAAGACACAUAACAUUCAAAAUUAAUUGAAAUUGAUACAUUUUUUUUUUGCAUUUAGUUUUAGUACAUUUUUAAUGUAGACAAACUUUUUUUUUUUUAAAUAUUAACUUUUACACAUACUAUAAACUGUAAAUAGGCUUUGCUUAGAUGACUGUUAAUCCAUGCAGACUUAGAGACAAACUGCUCCGUCGCUCCCCUUUACCCGUAACAAGGCUGCUUUUGAAAGCUAUUUACCUCAUCGUAAAGUAACUGCUCAGCAACCCAGCAGAGUGAGAUAUGGAGGUUUGAAGUGCACUACAGAUUAAAUUAGAUUAAUAAAAUGUUAAUUUGUUAUGAUUCUCUGAUUUAAUUUGCUGCUGUGUUAUAAUGUUAAUAAAAGACUGGCUAGACUGUU